CGGGUGAACAUCACCGGGUUCUAUGAUGCGCAUUACCCGGUUGCCACCACAGUCGUCUAGCAAGUCGCAAAUACCGAUCAUAUUCCCCCAUUUCCAAUUUCAAGAACAGGAGAUUGAUAGACUUUUUCUUUGGUGAUUUCCUAAAAACGAAGGCGCUUCGCCGACGUUUGCUCAACAAACCAAACCCUAGUGUUCCGGUGGUGGUGAAACCAUGUGGAGACGACUGUCUUCUCAACUUCGUAUUCUCCGAUCUGUUCAGAGAUCUAAUGCCAUAACCACUUCGUCUCCGUUGCUUGUGACUCUCAGGCCAUCCUCCGCUCUUAUUUCUCGUCACAUCUCUUCGGUAACAGGAAAUGUUUCUAAUAAGAGAGUUGAAGCUAUAGUGCCUAUUGCGACUGGUCACGAGCGUGAGGAGCUUCAAGCUGAGAUUGAGGGACGGGAUAUUCUGGAAAUCAACUUUCCUGAAGGUCCUUUCGGUACCAAGGAAGCACCUGCAGUGGUAAAAUCAUACUAUGACCAAAGAAUUGUUGGGUGCCCUGGUGCUGAAGGUGAGGAUGAGCAUGAUGUUGUUUGGUUCUGGCUAAAGAAAGGUGAACCACAUGAAUGCCCAGUUUGCUCACAAUAUUUCAAGUUGGAAGUGGUGGGCCCAGGUGGACUUCCAGAUGGACUUGAUGAGGUUGAUGAACAUCAUUAAUUGCAUCAGCUUCCACCUUUAUCUAUGCGCUGCUUGGAAUAAGAAUCUGGUGACAUUACAUCACAAGAGAGUAGUAUAUUCGGCUUCUUCAAGAUUCAAGAGUUUUUUAUUUUUAUUAUUAUUAUUUUUUUCAUCUUAAUUUUUGCUAACAUUUUUGA